CCUAGGUCGCCUGGAUUUCUGACUUUCCACAAUUGCUGAGGACUCGAGUUCGAUUCUCUCUUUUCCACAACCCCUAAAUUUUUUUUUUUCCCCGUUUUCCGAUUCUCUUGCCGGAGACAGCCAUGGAUUCGGGCUCCCAGGUUCCACGAAAGUCCAAGCGGAGAUUCCAACCAAGACCUCCGACGCCUUCUCUCCGGCCGAUCGCACCAGACUCCAAAAAUGAAGCUGAGACUGAGGAAGAGAAUAAAAAAGCAGCACGACAGAUAGCUAAACGUCUCGGCAUUGGCCAGAGGAGACCCAAACCCGAAACAAAAGCUUCUUCAUCUGCAGUUGCAUUCCAACCAAACUUGUCGUCACUUUCAAUAAGGUCGUUUGGGGAUCCUAAAGAAGACGACAAGCACGUUUCUGAUGUAAAUCCCUCUUCUUCUGCUACUAUUCUUCCCGCUGUUGUUUCUGCUGGUGUUCUUCCUGCUGUUUCUUCUGCUACUACCCAGAAAGAUGGAGAAGAGGUUCAUAAGUUGGUUACAAGAGCUGAGAAAGACUACGUUGAACCUUGGGAUUAUAAAAACUCCUACUAUCCUACUGUUCUUCCUUUGAGAAAGCCAUUCUCUGGUGAUCCAGAACUCCGUGACCAGGAGGAAUUUGGGGACGUGGCUAAACACCUUGAUUAUGACGAGAGCACCAUCAACUCAGCUGAAGAACUUGGUCUGACAUCGUAUCAGCACUGCAAAAAACAGAUGUUUUUCUUUAAGAUUCCGGACUGCCUCCCUGUAACGAAGCAAGUGACAGGAGCAAACACCAAGAGAUCUGUAUCGGAGAAUAGUUCAAAGAGAAACAACCCUUUUGAAGGUUUACCAGAGGGUUUCAUGGGCAAAAUGCUAGUUUACAAGAGCGGCGCUGUCAAGUUGAAACUUGGAGAUGUUCUCUUCGAUGUCUCGCCAGGGCCGAAUGCGAAAUUUCACAGUGAUGUGGCAGCGAUCGACAACAAAGGGAGGAACUACUGUCGCAUUGGUUCUUCAGCGAAACUUGUGACUGUUACUCCCGAUGUUGAGUCUCUCUUGAAGCCUGCUUCAGACAUGGAAACACACAAGUGAAGGUUGUUCGAGACAUAGCCGAUCCUGUUCAUACAUCUAUGUGAAGAAAGUAGUAUUGUCUCUUUAGAUUCUCUAACUACAAACCAAUCUUUUAACUCUUCUUUGUGUCUGUAAAAGAUCCAGUCUAUUGGGGGCUAAAAGAAAACUCUUAACGUUUUGAA